AUGGAGCCCCGCACACCCAGCCCUGGGGUCAACCUCACCUCGGUGCUGGAGUUCGUGCUCCUGGGGGUCACCAACAGGCGGGACCUACAGCUCCUGCUGUUCGCCGUGCUCCUGGUCACCUACCUGCUGACCCUGCUGGGCAACCUGACCAUCAUCACCCUGACCUUGGCGGACCGCCGCCUCCACACCCCGAUGUAUUACUUCCUGCGCCACUUCUCGCUGCUGGAGGUGGGCUUCACGUCCACCGUGUCACCGCAGAUGCUCACCCACCUGCUCACCGCCCGCAGGACCAUCUCCCGCAACUGCUGCUUCGCACAGAUGAUGCUCUACUUCACCUUGGGCGCCGUCGAGACCCUGCUGCUGGCGGUGAUGUCCACCGACCGCUUUCUGGCCAUCUGCCGGCCCCUGCGCUACCCGGCUCUCAUGACGCCCCACGUCUGCAGCGCCCUGGUGCUGGCCUGCUGGCUCGCCAGCCUCCUGGUCCUGCCAGGGCUGUUCGCUUGGAUGCUGUCGCUCCCGUUCUGUGGCCCGCACGUCCUCAAUCACUUCUUCUGCGACAGCUCCCCUUUGCUGGAGCUGGUGUGCGCCGACACCAGGCGUCUGCAGCUGGUGGCCUUCCUGGUGGCCGUGUGCACACUUCUGGUGGCCACGCUGGUCACCGCCAUGUCCUACGCCUGUAUCAUCAUCAGCAUCGUGCGCCUGCCUGCGGCUGGGGGCCGCGGCAAGGCCUUCUCCACCUGCUCCGCACACCUGCUGGUGGUGUCCCUGUCCUACGGGAGCUGCAUCUUCAUGUACCUCAACCCCACGCAGACUGGCCGGGUGGACGCGAACAAAGGAGUGGCUUUCUUCAACACCACCGUGUCCCCCCUCCUGAACCCCUUCAUCUACUGCCUCCGGAACCAGCUGGUCCACAAAGUGGGCAGGGAUUUGUUACUCAGGGGGAGAGAGAUUUCUUCCAAGGUAUCCAGAUUGUAA